AACACCAUCCAGCCUCUUACAGGCUCCUCCCCUGAUAAACACAGCGCAGGCACACAGCAGCUCGCACACACACAUACACACUGGAAGGAGACACUCACACAAGCUGCGUGGAUUUGUCCGAAACAAAACAGAGAGAUGACGUCCCCUGCAGAUCGCCUCCCCUCCGUCUCCUCUGUCUCCUCUGUCUCCUCCAUCUCCCUGGUGGAGAUCAAAGCCGAGACUCACCUGGUCCUCAAAGCCUUCCUCCAUCGAACCCUCGCACUCCCACUGGAUCAGCGGCCUGGCAGAGUGGGCGGAGGCUACACAGACCACAACAAAUACAGCUGUUUACCACUGCCUAAAUCAAAAGAUAGCUGGGACUCUCAGGCGGAGGACGUCAGCUCGACGGAUGAGAAAAAAAUCUGGAUUAAAAAGUUUUAUGAAGAUUCCUCGUAGAAAUACAUCACGCAAGUCUACGAAAAACUCACUGGAACGAGACAACAGGAUCAAACUAGUGCAGAGCAGAGAACAGUCAGAGGGUGAUGUUUUGUCCCUCAACUCUUCAUCAGAGGAAGAUGAAAGUGAAAAGAAGCAGAAGAACAAGCUGAACCCAAAGAAGAUCAAAGAGAGACUGUCCAAGUUAUUCAAAGGGAGGACGGAGAAGGAGAAGGAGAAGGAGAAAGAUGCAGCCAACCUCACAGACCGACGACCUGUCCAUCAAAGAGAAAGGACCAGUACCUUCACCCACCCUCGUCUCUCCCAAUCAUCCUCCUGAGUUUUAUGAGGAAGUUGCAGAGAAACUGGAACAGAUCGCUCAGCAGUCCACCAGCAUAAAGAAACGCAGUCCUAUCGCCCAGAAUCCACCAACAGUGUGUGAGAAAGAGGUCGUGGUCCAGAGGCUGGUUCAGGUUCUGUCUCUGGAGGGAGACGCUAUCAACAAUAAGAUCCAGUCGGACCCAUUCCUGCGCUCCAGCCUUAAUCGGCUCUCGUACCCAUCCUUUGCCAAACUUCUGGACACAUUCAGCAGGACUGAGGUGACUGAAGCCCCGGCUCUGCCCGAAGCCCCGUCCUCAAGCCCGACACUCAGACGGAUGGCGGUGACCAUGGAGGUGUCCCGCAGGAUCGUUACAGCUACGGGAACUCAGCGCAUGCAGGGAUACGCUGAGUGCUACAUGGAGACGUUUGCUCCCUGGGUCAAGAGUCACGGAGGAUGGGAGAAUAUCGUUGAUCUGGAGGAGGAGAGUGAAACGGAGUGAUACGGAGUGAAGCGGCACGGACGGCCUGUUUUCUUACAUGAAGGAUCUUAUCUGGAGCCUGCUAUCAGGAGACCUGACUCAGAGUUUGUGACUCUCCCUGAGGUUUGAUACCUCCUGCAAUCCUCAGGAUGAGCCAGCUGGAGGAACUGGUUGGGUGACGGAACAUUACGCGUGGACAUAGUCUCUAUGACAGGACUUUGUGAAGCCCAGUGAUGGCUGGUGCCAAAUUAUGAAUACUGACUUAACCCAACUUUGAGAGGUGGAGCUGAGGCAGGCUUUAAGCUUCCUGACAAAUAGCUGGAAAUACGCCACGCUAUAAAAUAUGCAACCUUAGGCAGACCUCUUUGCCUUAGUGCCAGGAAAGUGGAUGAGUUUAAAAAAGUUUACCAAACCAUACAGCGGGUACGAAUAUAGAAAUGAGGUGUUGACACCAGAAGCCUUUUUUAUGUCAGGCUGUAAACGUUUUCUACUUUAAAAAUGGGCUUUUAAAAUUGAACAUAAUCUGUGUUGUACUGACUCCCAGAGCCACCCUCAAGUGGAUACUUGAGGAACUGCACUUGUGUGCGCUUCCUGAUGGCUUCAUUUUUCAAGCCUGGAGGUUGUCGCGUGGAGACAUGACGUCAACAGAUUUAGGUUCAUGCUGUCAUUUCUUAAAGGGCCAGUCUGUUUUAAAAAGAGAAGCUCUGAAACAGAAACCUAACUAUGUAACUAACCUCACCAUCGGGUCACAAAGCACUGACUCAGACAAAUUUUCUUUAUUGUUUACGACUUUUAUGAAGGAAAGAAUUGAAUUUUUUAAAGAAAACAAAUAAGUGACCAUGGUUUUAAUGUUAUGUUGUACUUUUUUAUACUUUUUGUUUGGUACAAGUUAAAAAAUGUGUUAUCAUGUGGGAGAUGUGAUGUGUUUGUACCAUGAUGUAUAGAAGGGAAACUCCACAGAGGCACAUUACACUAUAAGAUUAAAUGUGACCUUUUAUUCAGUGGUAGAUAUUUUAUUUUAUGUACUGAACUGACUGUUUCACUUCCACACGUGAGAAGAAAAGCAAAGCAACAACUCACGAUGGUGAUAUCUAUUUAUUUACAGCACAUGAGAAACAGAAUAUACUAAGAUUGUAGUGUCUGUACAUGCAGGUCUAAUGCGUAUUUACAUUUUAUUUAUUACAUAGGAACAUCUGAUCAUUUGGUGAGAUACUGAACACUGAACAGUUUGAAAGAACUGGCGAGCAGAGCCUGACAUUACUCACUGAAAACGUAAAGUCUGUGUAGUUUGUUUGUUUUAAAGACGGAUUUUAAAGAUCUGUAAAUGUGUUUUUUUUAUAAACAUGCUGACAAAUGA